AUGUCAGAUAGAAGGAAGAGCUGGGCCCCUCUGUCCAGCCGGACCCAGCAGUGGGCCCUGGAGGACAAGGAGGAACAGGAGCGAGAACGCCGGCGGCGACUCUGGAACCUGAGAUUCACCACGGACGAUGAGGACCUGCCGGCCCCUGAGAGCAGCAGCGUGAGGCUCCCGGCCAGCUCGGUCAAAUUAGGCCUGAAGGUGGAGCAAUACCUCUCGGCCAUACAGAGAUCAGAGUCUAUCAGGUAUGCAAACCCAUUCCACACUGAGUUCCCAGUGGUUCCCGUGGAUGUCACCAGCAAGCGCCACCUUUUCGAGAAGGAGCAGGUGGGCCAGAGCCAAGAGGACCCAGCCUCUAGCCGCAAGAACCAGGAGACACAGAGGGAGUUGGCAGCUGGCAGCAAGCCCCAGUGGAGGAAGAAGCCAGAGGCCCCGCUGGGUGCCGAGGGGGUGCUGGCGGGCAGGGCACAUGCGGGCUCCUAGAAGCCGUCUGCUGCACAGAAGACACUUGAGCCGAAAGCAAGCCUGGACCCUGAGACUCCCCGCCCCAGUAAAUGUUUCAUGUUCCAGAAGAUCUCUGUGCUGGAGGAGAGAGCUGUCUCAGGAAAGAGGGCAGUUCCAGACAAAGCCAGCGACUCAGAGAAAAGACCAGUGUCUGAGAAAGCCACCGUCUUCGAGAAGACCCCAGUCCCCGAGAUGCAGCCGGCCCCAGUCAGGGCCAUGGCCCCAGUGUGGCCCCAGGACUGGGAGCAGUCAGCCUCAGCAGAGUGCCCAUCCAGCCCCAGGAGGCAGCGGGGCACUGGGCCUGAGAAGGAGCCCGAGUCUUUGGCGGGGCCUCUGCCCCGGGCUGGCGGCCUCCCGCCUGUCACUCUGCAGGUGAGCAGCCCCAGCACGGAGGCGGAGGCCAAGUCCCCCUCGCCCACAGUGGCCUUGCCCACCUUCAGCAGCAGCCUGCAGCGCUCCAGCCCCCACGCCAUCUCCUUCAGGAUGAGCCCCCGGAGAGAUAGCUCAGAGGCGGCCUUAACCCGCAGCAGCAGCGUGAGGCUCCCGGCCAGCUCGGUCAAAUUAGGCCUGAAGGUGGAGCAAUACCUCUCGGCCAUACAGAGAUCAGAGUCUAUCAGGUAUGCAAACCCAUUCCACACUGAGUUCCCAGUGGUUCCCGUGGAUGUCACCAGCAAGCGCCACCUUUUCGAGAAGGAGCAGGUGGGCCAGAGCCAAGAGGACCCAGCCUCUAGCCGCAAGGAGAACUUGCAGCUCUCAGGGGUGGAGAAGUCACAGCUCAUCCUGUGGAUGAGCAGGGCCCAGGAGUCAGCACAGCAGGGCCCACAGAACCAGGAGACACAGAGGGAGUUGGCAGCUGGCAGCAAGCCCCAGUGGAGGAAGAAGCCAGAGGCCCCGCUGGGUGCCGAGGGGGUGCUGGCGGGCAGGGCACAUGCGGGCUCCUAGAAGCCGUCUGCUGCACAGAAGACACUUGAGCCGAAAGCAAGCCUGGACCCUGAGACUCCCCGCCCCAGUAAAUGUUUCAUGUUCCAGAAGAUCUCUGUGCUGGAGGAGAGAGCUGUCUCAGGAAAGAGGGCAGUUCCAGACAAAGCCAGCGACUCAGAGAAAAGACCAGUGUCUGAGAAAGCCACCGUCUUCGAGAAGACCCCAGUCCCCGAGAUGCAGCCGGCCCCAGUCAGGGCCAUGGCCCCAGUGUGGCCCCAGGACUGGGAGCAGUCAGCCUCAGCAGAGUGCCCAUCCAGCCCCAGGAGGCAGCGGGGCACUGGGCCUGAGAAGGAGCCCGAGUCUUUGGCGGGGCCUCUGCCCCGGGCUGGCGGCCUCCCGCCUGUCACUCUGCAGGUGAGCAGCCCCAGCACGGAGGCGGAGGCCAAGUCCCCCUCGCCCACAGUGGCCUUGCCCACCUUCAGCAGCAGCCUGCAGCGCUCCAGCCCCCACGCCAUCUCCUUCAGGAUGAGCCCCCGGAGAGAUAGCUCAGAGGCGGCCUUAACCCGCAGCAGCAGCGUGAGGCUCCCGGCCAGCUCGGUCAAAUUAGGCCUGAAGGUGGAGCAAUACCUCUCGGCCAUACAGAGAUCAGAGUCUCUCAGGUAUGCAAACCCAUUCCACACUGAGUUCCCAGUGGUUCCCGUGGAUGUCACCAGCAAGCGCCACCUUUUCGAGAAGGAGCAGGUGGGCCAGAGCCAAGAGGACCCAGCCUCUAGCCGCAAGGAGAACUUGCAGCUCUCAGGGGUGGAGAAGUCACAGCUCAUCCUGUGGAUGAGCAGGGCCCAGGAGUCAGCACAGCAGGGCCCACAGAACCAGGAGACACAGAGGGAGUUGGCAGCUGGCAGCAAGCCCCAGUGGAGGAAGAAGCCAGAGGCCCCGCUGGGUGCCGAGGGGGUGCUGGCGGGCAGGGCACAUGCGGGCUCCUAGAAGCCGUCUGCUGCACAGAAGACACUUGAGCCGAAAGCAAGCCUGGACCCUGAGACUCCCCGCCCCAGUAAAUGUUUCAUGUUCCAGAAGAUCUCUGUGCUGGAGGAGAGAGCUGUCUCAGGAAAGAGGGCAGUUCCAGACAAAGCCAGCGACUCAGAGAAAAGACCAGUGUCUGAGAAAGCCACCGUCUUCGAGAAGACCCCAGUCCCCGAGAUGCAGCCGGCCCCAGUCAGGGCCAUGGCCCCAGUGUGGCCCCAGGACUGGGAGCAGUCAGCCUCAGCAGAGUGCCCAUCCAGCCCCAGGAGGCAGCGGGGCACUGGGCCUGAGAAGGAGCCCGAGUCUUUGGCGGGGCCUCUGCCCCGGGCUGGCGGCCUCCCGCCUGUCACUCUGCAGGUGAGCAGCCCCAGCACGGAGGCGGAGGCCAAGUCCCCCUCGCCCACAGUGGCCUUGCCCACCUUCAGCAGCAGCCUGCAGCGCUCCAGCCCCCACGCCAUCUCCUUCAGGAUGAGCCCCCGGAGAGAUAGCUCAGAGGCGGCCUUAACCCGCAGCAGCAGCGUGAGGCUCCCGGCCAGCUCGGUCAAAUUAGGCCUGAAGGUGGAGCAAUACCUCUCGGCCAUACAGAGAUCAGAGUCUCUCAGGUAUGCAAACCCAUUCCACACUGAGUUCCCAGUGGUUCCCGUGGAUGUCACCAGCAAGCGCCACCUUUUCGAGAAGGAGCAGGUGGGCCAGAGCCAAGAGGACCCAGCCUCUAGCCGCAAGGAGAACUUGCAGCUCUCAGGGGUGGAGAAGUCACAGCUCAUCCUGUGGAUGAGCAGGGCCCAGGAGUCAGCACAGCAGGGCCCACAGAACCAGGAGACACAGAGGGAGUUGGCAGCUGGCAGCAAGCCCCAGUGGAGGAAGAAGCCAGAGGCCCCGCUGGGUGCCGAGAAGAUCUCUGUGCUGGAGGAGAGAGCUGUCUCAGGAAAGAGGGCAGUUCCAGACAAAGCCAGCGACUCAGAGAAAAGACCAGUGUCUGAGAAAGCCACCGUCUUCGAGAAGACCCCAGUCCCCGAGAUGCAGCCGGCCCCAGUCAGGGCCAUGGCCCCAGUGUGGCCCCAGGACUGGGAGCAGUCAGCCUCAGCAGAGUGCCCAUCCAGCCCCAGGAGGCAGCGGGGCACUGGGCCUGAGAAGGAGCCCGAGUCUUUGGCGGGGCCUCUGCCCCGGGCUGGCGGCCUCCCGCCUGUCACUCUGCAGGUGAGCAGCCCCAGCAUGGAGGCGGAGGCCAAGUCCCCCUCGCUGGUGGGCCAGAGCCGAGGGCCCAGCCUCCAGCCACAAGCUGCUGGCUCCUGGCUUCAGCCGGUCUUGCCCCGGAUCUACUGGUACGGGAAGGGCCACUGGGCUCAGAGGCCCCCGGGGACCGUGGAAGGACAGCCUCAGCUGAGACGGGGCCAGGUCAACAGAAGAGCAGGAACCUGGGAGGAUCUCAUUGCCCUGGUCCAGCUCUGCAGGUGGGCCAACAGCUGCUGUCAGGACGAGUCCAGCUGCCUGCUGGGCACAGGGCUGAGGAGGGAAGAGGAGGCCAUGUCGGACGUGGAAUAG